AUGGUGCUGGGAAAGGUGAAGAGCCUGACCAUAAGCUUUGACUGUCUCAAUGACAGCCACGUCCCCGUGUACUCCAGCGGGGACACGGUCUCAGGAAGGGUGAAUUUGGAAGUGACGGGGGAGAUCAGAGUCCGAUCUCUGAAGAUCCACGCGCGGGGGCACGCCAAGGUGCGCUGGACCGAGUCUCGCAACGCCGGCUCCAACACCGCCUACACGCAGAACUACACGGAGGAAGUAGAGUAUUUCAACCAUAAAGACAUCCUGAUCGGACACGAGAGAGAUGACGAUAAUUCCGAGGAAGGCUUCAACACUAUUCCUUCAGGAAGGCAUGAAUAUGCAUUCAGUUUCGAGCUUCCACAGACACCACUUGCUACCUCAUUCGAAGGCCGACAUGGCAGUGUGCGCUAUUGGGUGAAAGCCGAAUUGCACAGGCCUUGGCUUCUACCAGUAAAAUUAAAGAAGGAAUUUACAGUCUUUGAGCAUAUAGAUAUCAACACUCCUUCAUUACUGUCACCCCAAGCAGGCACAAAAGAAAAGACUCUCUGUUGCUGGUUCUGUACCUCAGGCCCAAUAUCCUUAAGUGCCAAAAUCGAAAGGAAGGGCUAUACCCCAGGUGAAUCAAUUCAAAUAUUUGCUGAGGUUGAGAACUGCUCUUCCCGAAUGGUGGUGCCAAAGGCAGCCAUUUACCAAACACAGGCCUUCUAUGCCAAAGGGAAAAUGAAGGAAGUCAAGCAGCUUGUGGCUAACUUGCGUGGGGAAUCCCUAUCAUCUGGAAAGACGGAGACAUGGAAUGGCAAGUUGCUGAAAAUUCCACCCGUUUCUCCAUCUAUCCUUGACUGUAGUAUAAUCCGUGUGGAAUAUUCAUUAAUGGUAUAUGUGGAUAUUCCUGGAGCUAUGGAUUUAUUUCUUAAUUUGCCUCUUGUUAUCGGUACCAUUCCUCUACAUCCAUUUGGUAGCAGAACCUCAAGUGUAAGCAGUCAGUGUAGCAUGAAUAUGAACUGGCUUGGCUUAUCCCUUCCUGAAAGACCUGAAGCACCACCCAGCUAUGCAGAAGUGGUCACAGAGGAACAAAGGCGGAAUAAUCUUGCUCCAGUGAAUGCCUGUGAUGACUUUGAGAGAGCAUUUCAAGGACCACUGUUUGCAUAUAUCCAGGAGUUUCGAUUCUUGCCUCCACCUCUUUAUUCAGAGAUCGAUCCAAAUCCUGAUCCAUCAGCAGAUGAUAGACCAUCCUGCCCCUCACGUUGA